AUGCACAAGCUGCAGGUGUUGCUGGUGGUGGUGUGCGUGGCGGUGGGCCCCAGCCUGGCCCAGAUCACCUUCUCGCGCUCGUGGGUGCCGCAGGGGAAGCGCUCGGGGGCCCCGAUGUCCUCUGGCACUCCCUCUGACCUGGGGGAGAGCUGCUACGACGCCUGCAUAGAUGUCCUCACGCAGUUCGAUGCUAAGAUUAGUGACUUAAUCAGAGCUGUUCACGAGACCAGCAGUGCAGAUUCUCGUCUGAGAAAGUUCAACAGCUUAAAAUGA